GAAGCGUGGCCGUUGGCGGCUCGGAGCGGAGCGGCGGCCGCUCGCGAUGUCGGGCGAUGGCUGCACAUUCGCGGACCGGAGCGUGACUGUGCUGUGCUGCCGCUUCUGCCAGCAGGUGCUCAGCUCGCGGGGGAUGAAAGCCGUGCUGCUGGCCGACACCGACAUCGACCUUUACUCCACCGACAUCCCGCCUUCGGGCACCAUUGACUUCAUCGGCAGCUGCUAUUUCACUGAGAUCUGCAAGUGCAAACUGAAGAACAUCGCGUGUUUGAAGUGUGGUAACACCGUUGGUUAUCAUGUGAUUUCUCCCUGCAAACCUUGCCUGCUGUCCUGUAAUAAUGGUCACUUCUGGAUGUUCUAUAGCCAAGCAGUCUUUGGCAUCAACAGACUGGACUCUUCUGGUGUGAACGUGUUGCUAUGGGGCAACCUGCCAGAUUUGGAGGAAAACACAGAUGAAGACGCGUGCAUCUCUGAGGAGGAGUUUAUCAGAUGACAAUUCGCUAAGAGACACCACAGCAUUUCUCCUCAAUAUGCUGCACUGCUGUUUGUUUUGGACUCUUCUUCCCGCUGACCCAUCACAGCUUCAACAACAGAGGAAGCGAGGAAAUCUGGAGAGCGACCCUAAAAAAGGAAGUUGUCAUCUUUUACUGCAGCCUUCCUUCAACUCUUCCCCCUGCCUGAUGUGUGUGCAUUAUUCUGACCAAAGGCAUGGCUUGAUGAGAUCUGCCUCUGCAAUACCUGGACAUGCAGACAGCAGGUGCAUUUACACUGAGGUCCUGGUCUGUUUUCCUUUUACACUUCAAUCUCCUCAAUUAAGAUCUGUUCUUAACAGUAUUUUUCUUCUUUUCUAAAGCAGUAUUAGCAGAGAGGUCUUUCACUUACUGGAAAUACAGCUUAAAAGUCUUGAAAAAGGCUUGGUUGAUGGAUAGUGGUCUGAAGGAGCUUUGCUGUGCAGCCACAAGGCCACCCAGUGCCCAGAGCUUCUGAGCAUUCAAGAGCAGCUGAACAAAUGUCUUCAAGUGCCGUAGCUUUGGCUCUAUGAUCUGUCUCUCUUCCUUUUAGCAGCUUGUUCCCUUGACAUCUGAUGCAUGUAAGAAAGCUCCUGAACAAGGACUGGGGAGCUGUCUUACUGAGUUUGCCAGCCUUCAUCUUUCAGUGCUUUUAGGAUCGUGUUUCUGCAGGAAUUCAGUUCAGAAUUUUCAGUUUCUUUCCCCCGUACACAUACCAAGUAAACCUAAAGACUGACAUUUGUUGCUGUCUAAUGGAACUUUGGGACUACAGCAGAACUUUGAUUAAGGUUAACAUUGAAAUCCAUCCAACUCUGUGCUGUUUUUUCUUCGUUUUGUGUUAGGCAUUUCUCUAAAACAGAAUUGAGUCAAGUUAAAUAUUCAAGCUUUACAUCCUGAAGUGUACAGACACGUUCAUUCCCCUAAGAAAUAAUGGAUUUAAAGUUCAUUAUGUGAGUCGAUAGCCAUAGUACUUUAUUUAUUAACUAACCACUGUCCCCUUCAGCUAAUUACCUGAAGGAUUAUGUUUGGAAAAUUCAAGUUGCAGUCAUGUAAGAGACCUGGUUACAUCUUUAAACUCUGAUUGAUGCUGAAUAAAUCAUUCCAAAACCUCUCACGAUGCUUUGAAGAGGUACAAUGAAGGCAGAUCUGAUGUGUCUCAUGUCUUUACUGCAUUAGAUGUAUUCCUUAAUUAAUUAAUGGAAUUAAUUCUGUGCUGUGUAAAUGUGUAUUGAUGUGUAUAUAUUUGUGUGCCUAUGUAUAUCUGUAUGCCUCAUGUGGAUUUCCUGUG